AUGAAACAAAAGACUCGACAGCAAUACCUAUUGGCAGGGACGGGCAAGUUGAUUGGUUCUGCCGCUUUUCUGUUCACUCAUGGCUUGAGUGGGCGGCUGGGCUCUCGACCAAUCAGGACCUCGGGUCUCGAAUCGGCCUCGACAUCGUCAGUCUGGGAAGGCGGUAAAGGCAACGCCUCUUCAAAAAAACCUUUCAAGAGAGUGUCCGAGGAAGUCAAUCUCGAUCUGGUAUGA